GGGGCGCGCCUGGCAGGUGAAGCGUAGAAUGUAGCAGUCACAGACAAGGCAGAGGAAGGGGAGUGUGAGGGAGGAGGAGGUGAGAGCUCCUGGGGGAGCCCCUGGCUGUGUCUGCUGCAGGUCUGCGCCGCCGUGGCUUGGAUGCCGGCUCCUGGUGAAAGAUGUGUCAUGGAAUGAGAGGAGUCAGGAAAGCGCUCCCAUUUCUAGGUCAGCACCUCACGCUCCUGGCUCUGCUCCUCCUGGGGGUCCAGCUGGCGCUCGCUUUUGGCCCCGUGCAGCUCUCGGUGGGGUUUGAAGAUCUGGCCACCUGUCCUAUCCCAGAAGUCCCUGAAAAUGGAUACAGAACACAAAGUAUUAGCGUCUUCUUUGAAAAUGCCGUGGUCCGGUUCCACUGCCAGAACAGUUACAGACUCAAGGGCCCUUCAAAAAAGAUGUGCGUUCUGCUUAACAAUGGAUCUUUGGCGUGGCGGCCAAGCGACACUCCGGUGUGCCUAGAAGAAGUCACAGAUUGCCUUGCCCCGUACAUCGAAGACGCCGAUGUCUUGAACAAGACUUACCGGACCGGUGACAAGCUUAUAAUGAGCUGUCGGGAUGGUUUCCAGACGCGGUAUCCUGAUUUGGACAAUAUGGCUUCUGUAUGUCAAGAUGACGGGAGCUGGGAGAACCUGCCAUUGUGUCAAGGAUGUUUGAGGCCGUUGGUUCUUCCUCAUAGUUAUGUCAAUAUCUCAGACUUUGACUCUUCCUUUCCUGUGGGGCGAGUGGUGUCUUACCAGUGUUUUCCCGGGUACAAGCUGGAGGGGGCAGAGUAUCUGGAGUGCAUGUACAACCUGAUAUGGUCCGACGAACCUCCUAGGUGCCUUGAUGUGGAAGUUUGUCCUCUUCCUCCGAUGGUGGCACACGGGGAUUACAUUUGCCACCCUCAACCUUGUGAACGCUACAUCCAUGGGACUGUGAUCGAGUUUUACUGUGACCCGGGCUACAUUCUUUCCAAUGACUAUAAAUACUUUACUUGCCAGUCAGGAGAGUGGUUCCCAACUACUCCGCUCUACUGUAUCAAGUCUGAGAAAUCUUGGCCAAAUGCACAAGAGACAAUGCUGACAACAUGGAAGAUUGUGGCUUUCACAGCAAGCAGCGUCCUUCUUGUCCUUCUGCUGGUCAUCAUCGCCAGGAAUUUCCAGACAAAGUUUAAGACUCACUUCCUUCCCAGAAGUCCUCAGGACAGCUCCGCCGAGCCGGACUUUGUGGUGGUGGACGGAGUUUUGGUGAUGUUACCUUCCUACGAUGAAGCAGUCAGCAGCGGGGUCAACGUCACCCCACCAGGCUAUGUGUCCUCUGCAGGUCAGGGGAGCCCAACACAAACCGAAGAAUCUCACCCGCCCGCUUAUCCCGGUAACCCCAAUUCAGACAGUAUAUGUGAGGAGUCAGAGACCUUCGAUAGCUUGCUGGACUCCUCCGACCUUGGUCACACGUUACAUUCCUCCUCCAUGACGCACAUGAGAACUCCGGGUACUCAGAACAUGAACAGCGAGGCGGCAUCUACGAGUCCAAGCAUCGACAUUGCAGAUGAAAUUCCACUAAUGGAUGAGGAUGUCCCUGAAUCAUAAUAAAAUAUAGACAAUGUCCAAAUUAUUUUCUGUGUAUUUUAAUUAUUUCUAAAAUAAAGCUAUGAUAUUUUGGUGACUACUUCUUCCACUGGAACUGCAAUAAUUCAGGCCAAGAAGAGUGAGCGAUAAGAGGACGCCGUUGUUGAUUCCAAAGACUGAUGGGCAGAAGAUGGCGAUGGGAAGCAUGCCCAGUGACACGUGCAAUGACAAUUUUAUUUUUAUUUUACCAAUAGCUACGUUUACUUGUUCAUUUUACAUCGGCCGAGAUAAAGGCAAUAAAGAUAUAUCUAUGGCCAAAUACUGAUUCCAUUGAAGGCCAAUAAAAGCUCAUAAAUCAAUUUUUACCCUGUAGGUCCAUUUGAAGCAGAUGAAGACCCAAUACCUGUAACUACAUACUGUAUGUGCCUUCCUUCAGAAUCCCUUGCAACCAAACCAUGAAAUCUGCUCUGACGUAGCUCUUGUCACUUGGCAAAUAAACACUCCGAUUACACAAUG